AAAUAAUCAAUUCGUAUAGCUUUUAAAAUUAAUGUUAUUUGGACCUCAUGAACGUCUCGCAGCUGUGGCAAGAUAUUUAUACAUACCUAGCAGAUGACAAUUGUGAAGCUUAGCUGAAGAUGAUUGAAAUUACUCAAAUUGAAUCUUUAAUCGAAAAACAUGACACUCCCGUUCGAGCAAAUUCGAAAGGAGAUAAGCGCAAUAUUUUUGUAUUAUUGGUGUUGUAUACCUUACAGGGAGUACCGUUAGGUUUGUCCUUAGCAAUACCCAUUAUUAUACAAAACAUGCAUCGAUCAUCAUUUAAAGAACAAGCUAAAUUUAGUUUGGCAGUAUGGCCAUUCAGUUUGAAGCUUUUGUGGGCACCGUUAGUUGAUUCUUUAUUUAUACGAAAAUUGGGCCGACGAAAGUCAUGGUUGAUUCCAGUCCAAUAUUUCUUAGGUAUAUUUUUCUUCAUUACUGGUUUUUAUAUAGGCGAAUGGCUAGAUAAUGGUAGUAAAAUAAAUAUUAAUGCUUUAACAUCUGUAUUUUUUAUUUUAAAUUUCCUUGCUGCCACUCAAGACAUUGUUGUAGACGGUUGGGCAUUAACCAUGUUAAAAAGACAAAAUAUUAGUUAUGCUUCAAUGUGUAAUGGUGCCGGACAAGCUUUCGGAAUAUUUUUGGGGUACAUUUUGCCAAUUUUAUUGUUAUCGGAAUCGUUUUGGAAUAAAUGGUGGCGCACUACACCUCUACCAGGCGGUGUUAUUACUUUAGAAGGAUAUUUUUAUUUUUGGGGAAUUAUUUAUAUAGUCAUUACAACAUUGGUAGCCAUAUUUAAGUAUGAAAAAGAUUGUUUGACAGAACUCAAUGCUGUUGAUCUUAGCAUUGUCAAAACGUAUAUCUUACUUUUCAGUAUAAUGAAAUUACCCAGUAUCAAGAUGUUCGCUAUAAUUUUAUUGACUAUAAAAAUGAGUUUUUGUUCAGUUGAUGCUGCGUUAAGAUUGAAACUUAUAGACAGUGGAAUUACCAAAGACGAAGUUKCUGCUAUAGAUUUGUUGUUUAUACCAUUAAAUAUAAGCUUACCGUUUUUGAUUACAAAAUUUACAUCGAAAGAAAAACCGUUGAAAAAUUAUUUCAAUACAAUACCCUACCGGUUACUGUUCGGUGUAAUUUUAGCAACUGUCGUAUACUUUAUACCUUAUUUUUUGGUUCAGCCCGGGCCAUUACGUAUCACGUACAAAGUAUUUUUAGUUCUGAUGUACACUUUACAACAGUUAGCUGUGAGUAUAAUGACACUGACGUCAAUGACAUUUUAUGCAAGUGUAAGUGAUCCAAAAAUCGGAGGUACAAAUAUGACUCUGUUGACUACUAUAUCCAAUUUAGGAAACGUGUGGAGCAAAACUGGAGCUUUGUGGCUUAUCGAAUUCCUGACUUUUAAACGAUGUUCUAGCGAUCCCAGAAUAUUUUGUUCAACAUCAAAUAAUCAGAAAGAGAAGGAAACGUGCAGUUUGUCUGGUGGAACCUGUGAAGUUUAUAUCGACGGUUUUUACAUAGAAACUAUCAUAUGUACAAUUUACGGAAUAUUAUGGUUUUUUAUUUUUAGAAAAAUCAUAAAUAAUCUUCAAUCCAAACAUGUAAAAGAAUGGCAUGUGGAAAUUAAAAAUAGAUUAAGUUACGCCGACAUGAUUUUCAAUAAACAAAUUCAACUAUGA